AUGCCCACGACCGCCGCUUUUCUCAGGGCACUGUACAUCCUGACAACCCUUCGGGGAAUCGGCACAUCACAUGAAGUCCGGAACAUCAAACAUGGGAGCGAAUCGUCCGCAUCGCGGGCCAGGUUUCUCCUCCACACACUCGUCAUUAUCGCAGCGAAAUACCUGGUCCUUGAUAUGAUGACAUUCCAGCCACCCUCGCCCGAAGACACGGAUCGCAUGUUCGGAGAAGGGAAGGAAUACCUGCUCUUUCGACCGGACGGUCUGCCGCCGCCCAAAAUGCAGGAUAUCCUUACCAAUCUAGGCGUGACUCUUCUCGGCUGGGGCCCCAUCGGCAGUUGGUUUAUCGAGGUCCACUAUCGUAUUCUGUCGGUGGCCUCCGUAGGACUCGGUAUCUCGCAGCCUCAUCAGUGGCCACCUCUCUUCGGCUCCAUUACUGAGGCGCAUACUCUCCGGCGAUUCUGGGCAAACUUCUGGCACCAGCUCUUCCGAUGGCCGAUGCAGGGACUCUCCUCGUUUCUCUGCCGAGAUGUCCUCCGUCUCCCCCGUCCCUCCCUCGCAGAACGGUACUUGAAAAUAACACUCGUCUUUGCAAUCUCAUCUUGUCUCCAUCUCGCCAUCGACGGACGAGCUGGCAUUAUGCUUCCCCGAUCCGGCGCACUGCGGUGCUUUCUCCUUCAACCGGUCGGUAUAAUCCUUGAAGACGGAGCGCAGGCACUUUAUCGACGGCUGCGCGGAGAUGCGCCACUGUCGAAAUGGACGAGAGCCGUCGGGUAUAUCUGGACAUGGGCGUUUUUGUCACUCGUGGCGCCGAUGUAUAACUUCCCCCUGUUCCGGUAUCAGGACCCGGCAAGAAAUGGUGUUCCCGUUCCGGUGCUUAGACCGGCGAUGGAGUAUUUUAGGGUGAAGGGGUAA